CUCUGCCGUCUCUCUCUCUCUCUCUCUCUAAACAUAGAAGCAGAGAGAGACUAUUGCAGAAUUUUAGAACCAGAGAGAGAAAAACAACGCACACAUACAUGCAUGUAUAUAUGUAUCUAUAUCUAUAUGUAUUGACAUUUUCUUUUCUUUUCUUGCUCUUUUGUAGUAUCAAUCCAAUAUCAAUCGGUCUCUCGCAUUUCUAGGAUCUUUCCAGAUCCGAAAAUCUCUCUCUCUCUCUGCUUCUUGUUUUGGAUAACCAUGUCAAAACCCCCCAUUUUCGAUUUUUGAAUUUUUCUCUGGUCAUCCUUUGCUGUCCACCUUUGGAUUUUAACCCAAUCGACGGCUUUACCCGAUUUGGUGUAGCGAAUUUCGGAGUUUCUGCCUUCGAUUUGAACAUUUCAUUUGAAUUUUUUUUUCUGGUUUGGUCUCUCUAUCUCUCUAUCUCUUUCUAUGUGAAUUGUGUUGGGUUUGUUUGCAUUUCUCAAUUUUGCAUCAAUGUGCGUUCAUCGUGAUUAUCUUGGAUCUGGGUUGAUUUUGGAUUCGUGUUUUGUGACCACAUUAUUGGGUUUUCUUUAUUGGAUUAGGGCUUUUGUUUAUGUGCUUUGAAUUCCAACAUUUGUUUUUUUUCUCUUGGUGCAUUUUGAAUGUGAGGGUUCAAGUUGUUGAUUUGAGAACAAAUUUGAGUGGGUCAGAGCUUGGGUUUAUCAUCUCCAACAAUCACCCUUUUGAGAACUUGGUAUUGAUAUUGAGGUUCUAUGGUUUGUAGUUUACUUUUGAAUCAUAGAAUUCGUACAUGUACAGUGCCUGUUGGAUGAUAUAUUGAUUAGGAUUGAAGGUUGUGUUGGGGAAAAUAGGAGUAUUAAGGGUUUUGAGAGGAAUUUGGGUUGAAUCCCAAGCUUAACACCGCAUGAAUUGCAGCCAAUUAAUCUGGAUUUUGUGUUGGGAGUCGAAUAGAAUUGUACAAUUUCUUGUUCUGGAACAGGGGACUGUGAAGUUGGAUCACCAUGGGCUGCAUUUGCUCAAAAGGAGCUUCUGCAAAUGAGUAUGUUGAUAACCAUGCGAGGGACAAAGAUUCGAAAAAAGCUUCGAAGCGGCUUGUUGCCUCCUCGAGAAGAGAGGAAGUUAUAGUUGAGGUUGAUAAUGGUGGUAAUGAUGCAACUGCAAGGCUUAUAUCAACAGAACCCACUGUAGAGAAUGUGGGCACCCCAACUCCGACUCCAUGGGAUGAGGGGAAGAACAAGGCUAUGGUUCAAAGGCUUUCGACAAUGGAUACUGGGGUGAGUGGUGCACAACCACAUGUAUCCCGGGUAUUUAGCAUUAGUGGUGAAAUUAAUGGAGCACAAGUUGCCGCAGGAUGGCCAUCUUGGCUAAGUGCAGUGGCUGGGGAAGCUAUCAAAGGGUGGCUACCUCGAAAAGCAGACUCCUUUGAGAAAUUGGACAAGAUUGGACAAGGAACUUACAGCAGUGUGUACAGGGCCCGUGAUCUUGAGACUGGAAAAAUUGUUGCUCUAAAGAAGGUCCGUUUUGUUAACAUGGACCCCGAAAGUGUUCGCUUUAUGGCAAGGGAAAUCCUUAUUCUACGACGAUUGGAUCACCCAAAUGUCAUGAAGCUUGAAGGUCUUGUCACUUCAAGGGUGUCAGGCAAUUUAUACCUUGUAUUUGAAUAUAUGGAGCAUGAUCUUGCUGGACUUAUAGCAUCACCCACAAUCAAGUUUACUGAACCACAGAUUAAAUGUUACAUGCAACAGCUACUUCGUGGACUUGAGCACUGCCACAGUCGUGGUGUCCUGCACCGUGACAUCAAGGGCUCAAAUCUGCUGAUUGAUAACAAAGGAAAUCUCAAGAUUGGCGAUUUUGGGUUGGCGACCUUUUUUCGCUCCAAUCCAAAGCAACCUCUAACAAGUCGUGUGGUAACUUUGUGGUAUCGGCCUCCUGAGCUUUUGCUUGGUGCUACAGAUUAUGGAGUUGCUGUUGAUUUGUGGAGUGCUGGUUGCAUUCUUGCAGAAUUGUAUGCCGGGAAGCCAAUCAUGCCUGGACGAACAGAGGUGGAACAACUUCAUAAAAUUUUCAAACUUUGUGGCUCCCCAUCUAAUGAAUAUUGGCAAAGAUCGAAAUUGCCACAUGCGACUAUCUUUAAACCUCAACAUCCUUACAAGCGUUGUUUUGCUGAUACAUACAAGGACUUCCCAUCUUCGGUUUUAGCUCUUUUGGAUGUCCUCCUUGCAGUUGAACCUGACCACCGGGGAUCGGCUUCUUCUGCACUUAAAAAUGAGUACUUCACAACAGCACCUCUUCCUUGUGAUCCGUCUAGUUUUCCCAAGUACUUGCCAAGCAAGGAAUUUGAUGCCAAGCGUCGAGAGGAGGAAGCGAGGAGGCAAAAAGCAGCUGCUGGUAAAGGGCAAGCACAAGAAUAUUACAGAAAAGGCUCGAGAGAAUCUAAAGCAGUGCCAGCACCUGAUGCUAACGCAGAAUUGCAGGAGUCAAUAGUGAAGCGACAAAAGCAGUCAAACCCUCAAAGCAACAGUGAGAAAUACAAUCCUGAAGAAGAUGGUGGGUCUGGCUUCCGUAUGGAGCAAGUUGGUGCUUUUGGAUCUUCGAUGAAUGAAGGUUGUUCGCAACAACCAUUUGCUUCUUCAAAAAAUGGUCUAGUCUCCGGAACCCAGAAAUCUUUCAUACCUCAGGGAUUAGGCCAAUUUUCCAAGUUUUCCAAUUCAGUUGCAGCUCGAGGCAGUUCACGGUUUGAUAUGAGCCGAGAGAGAAAUGGGAAUCCACACUGGCCUGAGCAGCGUCUGAAUGGCAGAUAUAAUCCAAUAGAUGAUGCGGGGUCCUCUGUAAACCAUGGAUGGCCCCAGAAGAAGGAUGGACAGGGACCAGGAAAGGAGUCUACAAUGGUUUAUUCUCCGAAGAAGAAUCGGAUCCACUACUCAGGACCGUUGCUUCCGCCAGGUGGAAACAUUGAGGAAAUGCUCAAAGAGCAUGAGAAACAGAUCCAACACGCUGUCCGCAAAGCUCGCCUCGACAAGGCCAAGACCAAGAAAACAUAUGCUGAUAAUGGACAAACUGAAUCACUAUUAAUGCACUAUGUGGGAAAUGGCCGGUGACCUUUCAGAGUAACUUUUUUUAACAGAACGGCGCAGUUCUCAUGUGAUCCUUCGGCCUUUUUGUCAGCUAGUUCAUCGCUAUGAGAGAAACUUGGAUUUCAAAGACCUUCGGCUUUGGCUGCAUCAGAAUAUCCCUUUUCUUUAUCCAUGAUAUGCUACAUAGUUCCAACCUUCAAAACGGUUUAGGUGAUGAGGAAUUAAUUGUUCAAUAAUGUGCAGCCAUGCUCGGUGAGAUUGAUAGACUGGUCGAUCAUUCAGUUGGACAAGGGAGAUUUUUUUUUUGGGUUGCUGAAGAUAUUCAUGUACAGCUCAAAGCUAGUUUUACUCUAGCCAACAUUACAUCAUUUAAUGUAAAGGCCAAGCCUAAGCCAUUGAUGCAAGUUUCCAGAAAUUUGAGGCCUCAGCCACCAUCAGUGUCGAGCAAUUUUCGUCAAUUAACACAAAAUUUCUUUUGAUCAGUUUACAAAUUCUCUUCGUUGUGACAUUAAUUCUCUGUUUGGUUGCAAGUAUUUUAUGCCAACACAAAACACAUCAGCUUCUUUUGAUGCAUGGUUUUAUACCUUAAUGUGCAGAUCUGCCAUUGGAGAUGAGAUGAAUUGUGAUAAUUUAGGACGAUUGAUUUCUGUUUUCUUGAGGAUGAUAGUUCUGCUGAGAGUAUGGAAAUUGUUGACUGGAGUAACCUCACUUGAUGAGUGUGCUUUCAAGUUCUUCUGUUUUGUAUGCCAUGACCAUGAGUUUUUUAUUUUUUGAA